CACGUUACGCUCAACAGGCGAAUCCCUGCGCGCGCCCAAGUAUUGGAGGUACUUUACAAGUCAAAAACCUGUCAACUGCUCCAUAUCUAACUUUUCCAGCCGUAGGAUGGACAGAGACCGGGGUUUUAACUUCAAACUGUUGGUACCUCCCAGAGUGAAUAAUGGACAGGUAUCUGCUGUUCGACCUCAGGAAAUCAUUGAGAGUUGUGGUGAUUUCAUGAAUAAGUUGCAGCAGGGUAACAGUAAAUGUUAUGACAAAGAGCAGAGCAUGCCUUUCCCCAAUAUGAGCAUGGUUGUACCAACAAAACCUACCAGACAAGAGUUUCCUAAGAUGAAAGUCGUGCCACCAAUGGAAAAAGACAUGAACAAUUGCAAUCCUGGACAGCUUUAUUGCAAGCUGUUUGAUGAAGUUGAGAAAAUUAAGUGUUGGAAGGUCAAAGCUGACAGUGACACUGUGCACAAGGAAAGGAGACUACAAGAAAACAAAAGAACAAUUGAAACUCAACGCAAAGCCAUUCAAGAAUUGCAGUUUGGAAAUGAAAGUCUCAGCUUAAAGCUGGAGGAACAGAUCAGUGAGAAUGAGGAUUUGAGGAACAAGAACAAUGCAACAAGGAACUUGUGCAAUAUCCUCAAAGAUACUUUUGAGCGGUCAUCCAAGAAAAUGCACUUAUUUGAAUCCGAAAGAGAAGAAACACAUCACAUCUUGAUGGAAAAUAGUGAAAGCAUUCAGAAACUAAUUGCAGCUUUUGAAAGCCUUCGUAUGCGAGCAGAAGCCGAUCAGCAAGAGAUGCAAAAAGUCAAGGAGGACCUGCUGCAGUUUGAAAGUCUGAAAGAGAAACAUCAUCAAGAAUAUAACAUGAAAGAGAGAGAGGUUGCUGUGCUUCAGACAAAACUCAAGGACAAGGAAAGUGAACUACAAAAACUCUUGCUUGACCUUCAUGAAACCCAGAAGCACUGCAAACAGCUUCAAGAAGAAACAGAAGAACAGUAUGAACUUCUCAAAAGCUUAAAAACUGAACGAGAAUCCGUUCUUCAAGAGCUGCAUACCACAGAGCAGUGCUGCAAAGAAACUGAGAAAAAACAUGAUGCUAUUGCUGCAAUGCUGGAAAAGAGUAAAGAAGAAUAUGCACAGAUGAUUAAAAGCAAAGACUUAAACUUGGAGGAGCUCAGGAAAGUCCGAAAUCAACAAGCAGAGAAGCUGGAGCAGAUUCAGACAACAAUUCAGGAGCUACAGAAUUCACUAGCCUUCGAGACACAGAGGGCCAGUGAACUUGAGGAUAAACUUGUGGCAAAUGACAUGGACCUUAAAAAAAGCAGCACAUCUUUAGAAGUGACCAUGGAGCAGAGUGCAAAGAAAGAUGGGAAGAUCAAAAUACUUGAAGAUGAACUGGACAAAAAAUCAAAAUCCAUUGAGUCUAUGAAGGGCAAGAUUGAUGUCACUGAAGUCAGAGUGGAGGAACUCACAGCUGAGCUUUUGAAGAAAACUGAAGAAGUCCAGCUAUUAAAGACUGAAGCAGAGGCUGCCUUUGCUGAAAGUGAUGAACUGAAGAAGGCUUGUGAAGCUGCUGAAAAGGCACACGAAGAUUUAAAGCAGAAGACUAAAGUGACAGAGAUCCAAGUAAAGGAGCUAAAGGGAGAGCUAAUUACUGAAAAAGAGAAAAAUAAAGAAAACACCUUUCAGAUUGAUCAACUGAGGAAAGCCAUUGUGCACCAUGAAACAAAGUACAAAGAGCUCUUGUCUAACUUUGAUGAGCUGCAGUCUGAGAAGACAGCCAUUCAACAGCAGUUUGAGAAUGCAUCAUCUAAUGCGAAAGCUAUUCUGGCUAACAUGAAGGAGAGUGAGGAUAAGGCUGCAAAGCUCACAACAGAAAUUCAAAGAGUGGAAGAAGAAAACCAAUGUUUACGAGAGGAAUUAAACUCCAUUAAAACUGAAAUCCAAAGGGAGACUCCGCAGAAUAAACUUGAAGAUCAUUGCGAACAUCUGCAGGAGGAAAUUAUAGGAAAAGAAAAAGAAAUCAAAGCUCUGGCAACAAAGCUCUGCAAUGUCAGGAAAAAUUUUGAAAUCAAGCUCAAAGCCCAGGAGGAAUACAAGAAAGAAAAUAAAAUGCUUAAGAAACAAAUAGCGAAAGAGACUGCAAAAUUCAGUCAACUUGAAAAUGAGGUCAAUGGUCUUCAAGAGGAGUCCCAGAAACUUAGGAGACUGAACAAGGAAGACUAUCUGAAAUUCCAGAGGGAGCUUGAGUCCAAGUCAACCUUUGCAGAAGAGCUUAAGAAUGAGGUACAAAAGCUCAAAGUAACAGCAGCAGAGGCUGUCAAGAACAAGGAAGACGCAGAACUCAAGUGUCAACACAAGAUAGCAGAUAUGGUCGCACUGAUGGAAAAACACAAGAGCCAGUAUGACCGGAUGGUUGAACAAAAGGAUGCAGAGCUUGAUGAGAACAGGAAGAAAGAGAGAGAGGCUGUGGCCUGUAGGAAAUCACUGGAAGUGGAUCUUGAGAAGCACAAGACUGAUAAAGAUCAGCUGAAGCAACAGCUGAAGACAGAAGUGGCAGAGAAGGAAAACCUCCAGAAAGAGCUCACUGAUUUGAAGAAUGAAAUGUCAUCCAUGAAAAGCUCUCAGCUGUCAGAAGUGAUAAACAAGCAGUCACCUGCCUCAAACUAUAAACAAGGGAAGAGUUCAGUGACUCCAAAAGAGAGCUCUGCAAAGAGACAUGUGUUUAGCUUCUCCAAGACCAGGAAAACUCCCUCCUACAGCAAGGAUGAUGGAAAUGCUGCAGUUAUGAAGAAAGCUGACUCUGACUGUGACUUCAUCAAAACAUCAGCUAGAACAACACCAAAGACCAAGAAAAUUCAAAAUGGAAACCCGGAAACCCCAAGUAUAAUGACAAACAGGGUUGGCGGAACAUCAAAGAUCAAAUCCUACAGAAUUAGAACACCUCCUUCUUCUCUGACUGCGUGCUGGGAGAAGAACACCAUAGAGCUUGACCCCAGGUCUGACAGCUCUGAUCAAAAUGAUAUCUUGAGCUUUGCACAUGCACCUGCGCCAAAGUCUUCUGCUCCAACCUCCAAACUCAACAGCUUGCAAAACAUUCAGAGCCCUGUCAGUCAUAAAUCACCAGGGAACUCCUUGAAGCUUGCUGCAAUGAAAAGGAUGAGAGAUGCUGGUUGGACAGCUGUAACUGGCUGUGACAAAAAAAAGAAGAAGAGCAGUGAGAGGGUCUUUGCCUAAAUAGUGCUGUUACAGGUCAGAUAAACAGUACUCAAAACAAUCUUAGACAGUUUUAAGUGUUAAUGUUCCAAAAUGAAUAUAUGCUACCGUUUGGAAUCAAAUAGAAUUGGCAAUUCAUUUCUUAACAUUCAUACAUGGUAUUGUUAUGGAUUAGCUCAACAGCAUUGUUAACAGAAAGACUUAGGUGUUCUUGUUCUAGUUUUUCAGGGUUUGUAGGAAGAUUUUAAGUGGUUGAGGAGUCUCACCCUAAAUGCUUUAAAAUGUAUCUUUACUGGUGUUCACAUGAAACCUUAUUCAUUCUGCGCAUGUUCAUAUUGUUGGUGUGGGAAAAGGUAUAGUUAUUAUUAUCUUAAUAUGUAUGAAAUUAAUAUAUUUGUUUAUCUUGGUACUGACAGUUACAGAAGUAAAAGUAAUGUUCAAAUCA